GGAGGGCGGAGUCCCAGUCGCCGGCCGAGGGAGGGGGCGCGGUGGCUCUGGAGUCCGGCGCUCCCUCAGGCCGUGGACCCGAUGCUCGCUGCUGCGGAUCUGGCGGCGGGGCCGGCAGGGAUGUGAUGGACGGCCCCUCGCCUCACCUGCCGUCCUUGGGCCUGUAGGUCUCUGGGCGACCCGCAGCCGGGCCGCGGCCAAGGAGACAGCGCGACCUCCGCACGGGUGAAGAGGCUAAAUCUUGAAUGUGAGGUGAGGGAGAGGAUGUGAGUGAACGGGGCCCCAAGAUACACAGUUCUGUAUACUGGCCAUCAGGUGACCGUGUCUACUCAGAUUCUGUCAAAUUUUAAGAACAAAUGCACCUUAUAGCUCAUGGAAGAAAAAACACAAAUCAAGACUUUUUUGGGUUCCAAGUUGCCAAAGUAUGGAGCAAAAUCUGUGAGAAGUACACUGCAGCCAAUGCCAAAUGGGAAACCUGUUAAUUUAUUGGGAACUUCCAAGAGUAGCAACGCCAAAAGUUACAUCAAAAGUAAUGGCACUGAUUGUUCGUCAUCCCAUUCAUUUAAUUGGAGAACGGCAAAUAAAUACCAGUUCAGUGCGCAAAGUCCCGAAGAGCCUAGCAGUACUCAGAGUUCACAUGAUAGCGUAACUGAUCCUGAGAAACAUGCACCUGCUCAAGGAAUGUUUGAUAGAAAUGGGAUAAAGGGAGGUCUGAAAAGUAUUUCUUUACUCACAUCAAAGUUAGUAAAGCCACCCACUAUGUUUGUGUCAUCUACAGAGGAGUUAAACCAGAAGUCUUUGUCUGGACCAUCUAAUUUGGGUAAAUUCACCAAAGGCACAUUAUUAGGAAGGACUUCAUAUGCUUCGGUCAGUGCUCCAAAGUCACAGUUGAAUGGCUUUUAUGGAAACCGGUCAGCUGGUAGCAUCCAAAGGCCUAGAGCAAACUCCUGUGCCACCCGCAACAGUUCUGGAGAAAGCUUAGCACAAUCCCUAGACAAUAUUAAAUCUCUUGCUUGUGAAAAAAUGGUAAGGUCACAAAGUUUUUCACAUUCCAUUCAGAAUUCAUUCCUUCCACCUUCAUCUAUAACCAGAUCACAUUCCUUCAAUAGAGCUGCAGAUCUUACAAAGCCUUAUCAGAGCCAACAACUACCCAUUAGAGUGCCUCUGAGGUCAAGUAUGCUAACCAGAAAUUCCCGGCCGUCAGAAGUACUCAAUGGGAAUGAACAUUUAGGGUAUGGGUUUAAUAGGCCUUAUGCUGCUGGUGGAAAGAAGCUGGCUUUACCGAAUGGUCCGGGUGUAACUUCCACUUUGGGUUAUAGAAUGAUUCAUCCCUCUCUACUGAAAUCAAGCCGACCUCCGUUUUCUGGGACUAUCACAGUUGAUGGCAAUAAAAAUUCACCUGCUGACGUGUGUAUAGAGGAAGAUGCUGCCCUUGUGGCUAAUGACAGAGCUACUGAAAAAAACCAAGAACGAAUUGAAAAUGCUAAUUAUAGAACAGAAAAUGACCAGACCAUGAAGCACGAUGCUAAAAUUAGAUACCUGAGUGAUGAUGUGGAUGACAUUUCCUUGUCUUCUCUGUCAUCUUCUGAUAAAAAUGAUUUAAGUGAAGACUUUAGUGAUGAUUUUAUAGACAUAGAAGACUCCAACAGAACUAGAAUAACUCCAGAAGAAAUUUCUCUCAAAGAAGAAAAGCAUGAAACUGUACCACCAAAGGACAUAUUUGAUACCCCCAAGGAAAAUGAAAAAUCCUUCAGUAAAACUGAUGAAUGGAUUGAUAUAAGUGUCUCUGUUGAAGACAGGAGUGAAUGUUCAAAACAUACAUCUGGGAAUAACUUGGUUUCACCAGAUACAGAUUACAGAGCUGGUUCUUCGUUUGAACUCUCUCCAUCUGAUAGCUCUGAUGGGACGUACAUGUGGGAUGAAGAGGGCUUGGAGCCCAUUGGAAAUAUCCACCCAGUUGGGAGCUAUGAGUCCUCCGAGAUGAACAGCAUAGAUAUUCUGAAUAAUCUUGAAUCAUGUGACCUUGAGGAUGAUGACCUUAUGCUUGAUGUGGAUCUGCCUGAGGAUGCACCUCUCGAAAAUGUGGAGUGUGACAAUAUGAACCGCUUUGACCGAUCAGACAGAAAUGUUCGGCAGUCUCAGGAAGGAUUUUGGAAAAGGCCACCCCAGAGGUGGAGUGGACAGGAGCAUUACCACCUCAGCCAUCCUGACCACUAUCAUCACCAUGGAAAAAGUGACUUGAGCAGAGGCUCUCCCUAUAGAGAAUCUCCUUUGGGUCAUUUUGAAAGCUAUGGAGGCACCCCCUUUUUCCAGGCUCAGAAGAUGUUUGUAGAUGUCCCAGAAAAUACAGUGGUACUGGAUGAGAUGACCCUCCGGCACAUGGUUCAGGAUUGCACUGCUGUCAAAACUCAGUUACUCAAACUGAAACGUCUGCUGCAUCAGCAUGAUGGAAGUGGUUCAUUGCAUGAUGUUCAACUCUCAUUGCCAUCCAGUCCGGAACCAGAAGAUGGUGAUCAAAUAUACAAGAACGAAGAUUUGUUAAAUGAAAUAAAACAACUUAAGGAAGAAAUAAAGAAGAAAGAUGAAAAAAUCCAACUAUUAGAACAUCAGCUUGCAACUCGGUGUAAUUGCCACCAAAAAUCUAAAGAAGAAAAAUGCACAUAUGCUGAUAAAUAUACCCAAACACCCUGGAGAAGAAUUCCUCCUCAAGUACUACAGCCUUCCAGCAGCCUGCCCAGACCCACAGACCCCGCCCAGGGAAAACUAGCAAAGCCGCAGCACAUCGAGGCCCUCAGUGAGCGCACAGCCCAGGAUGCGCAUCAGGGUGUUGCACAUCCGGAUGGAAGCUUCACACGUGGCUUGCAGCAAGAAAGCAACAAUCGUCUGGAAGGCCAGCCUUUUUCAUCAAGCCCGCAGUUCACUAAGGAUGUGACGAAGAGUACACCCUCCGCAGCAAACUUGAACAUGACCAUGAAUGCUGAAGAGCCUUAUCAUUCGGCAAGUCAUCAAAUUAGUGCCAUGCAGUUUGUACCCACUUCUCUUCAGACGCCUCCCCAGUCAAGUACAGUAGACCAGGCUAAGGGAGUUGGAAGAAAUCAGCCUUCACCGGAGGGCUACACAUCUCAGCCCAAAUCCUUGCAGCUUCUUAAGCCAUCCGUUUUGAAUUCUUUGGUACCUCCACCGGUUCCUGAAACAUCUCCAAGUAGGACUCACACUUGUAAGAAGUCACCAAUGAUCACACCAUGUAAUUCAGCAAAACCGCAGCCAACAUCUAGUCAAACAACUCUUGCAAGUAAUCCAAAUCUAAAAGCAUCUAAGCUCCGCCCCCCUUCUGGCUCUUUCAAACAAAAACAAACAAGCAGCCCCCGACUAGAGCCUCCAAACCUCCAGGCCAAGACAAGCAUCCCAAGGCCACUGAUGAGAAGAAAGGAGAUCGUGCAGAACCCUAAUGACAGUUUGAAUUCUGGGGAUUGUUUGGCCUCUAAUCAAUAUUCUCGUCUUCCUAAACCAAAGAUACAUUAAGUAAAUAGCCAUCACCUACCAGUUUGCUUUUUUUUUUAAAAAAAAAAAAAAGAAAAAGGUUUGUUCUGUAACAAACUUUAUGUGCAGUUUGCUACCGUGAUGGAGGUUCCAUUAAAAGCUUGCAAAUCGUAAAAUUAAAAUGUGAAAGCUUCUACUCAUUUGGCUCUUCCAUUUUAUAUCCUGGUUGAAGUACAUAGCGUUUGAGCAUAUUUGUCUCAGGUAAACACAAAAGUUUGCUUACCCAUCGGAGGUCUACAGAAGGCUCUAAUGAUGUUAUUCCAUCCCUCUGCACAUCAGAAAAUUCCUAGCGUUCCACUUAGCAGGCAACACAUGUGCUUUGCUGAUUGCAUCCUUCUAAGGUCUGUAUUGUGGUUCUCAGAGCCUCACCCCUUUUCACGUGUUCCUCCUGUGAAUAUGGUUACUAUUUUAACUAAAGAUUUGGUGAUAAUGGAAGAUAGUAAGCAGAAUUCUGGCCAGUGAUUUGUAUAUUUAUAAGGUCUAUGCAAAAGCUCUGUGACGAAUAAAGGCGAUCAGGCUUUGAAUGGGAAUUUUAUGUUAAGUCUUAUUUUUCCUUGCUGUGGUCUCAGUAUUUAUUUACCAGACAAACUCCCCAGGCUAAAAAUGUUUCAUACUAUAUAUGUAAACCAAUUAUGCGUUGCUUUAGCAUCUUGUUUCUCUCUCUCUCUCUCUCUCUCUCUCUCUCUCUCUCUCUCUCUCUCUGUCUCACACACACACACACACACAUACCCCAUUUGUGUUUGUUUUUGUUACUGCAUACAUUUUGGAAAGCUUGAGUGAGAUACAUCUUGAAACCUGACCUCAAGGUGUAUUCAUCUGUAACAUAUGUUGGUGCUAGCAUUUCUGCUGGUAAUUCCAUUUUGAACCCUAUAGGCUUAUGGAUCCAUGAUAGCUGUUUUAAGUUUCCACAGCAUAUAUUUUAAAUUAAGUCUUUAUUGUAAUAUUUAUAUUUAUUGACUUUCUGCUAAUAUCCGAAGACUGGAAUAAUGAACUUGAAAUGUUUGCACAAAACUUUGAGGGGGUGUAAAUAAAUAUCCCACACAUAGGGAUUUAAAACUAUUUUCUAUAGAAAAAUGAGUUGAAAUAUUUUGAGUAUAAUUAUAAAUUUAAGUAGGACUAUCUUGAGGAAGCUGGAAUCGUAAUAGUUUUGUUUUUCUGAGUUUUCCAGGUUUCCAUUUUAUGUUGGUGUGUGUUUGAAUGACAUUUCUUGAAAAGUAGAUUUGAGAAGAAAAAUAAAAUUAGAAAGGGGAAAUUGUGUUUUAUUAAAAGGCAUUUAAAGAUAUUUCAACGGCAACAUGCUUAUUUAUGUUAACGUGCUAGGAAGGUGGCUGUGGAACUGCCGAGGGACCAUACGUGUUAACCUAAUCAUGCUGCGGGCCAGUUGUCAGAUGGUUCAGUAAAUUUGCCUUCCUGUUCUCCCAAAUCAUGUCCUCUCUAGGCUGUUCAGCUGUUGCUACUUUCAUUAGCAUCAACAUCUCUCAGACAGCCUUUUACAAACUCAAUUUUUGUUGUGAUCAGCUGACCAAAAAUUUAUCAAAAGAGAUUAUGGCCAAAAAAUUAGUCACUGAAAUUUCUAGGGAUUCCUUUUAAAAAUGUACGUUGCCCCCUUUCAGACGUACAACACAGCAGGUGCUUUGAGAGAAAUUUGGAAAGAGGCGUUUACUACCAUUUCAACUAGUCUCCCCUUACCUAUCAGGGAACCAUUUGAGUGAAUCUGCCAUUCACUGGAAACCGACCACUCUUGGACUUGGUACCAGGCGAGCAACACGAAUCUAGGAUCAUACUCUCACUUGGCAGCACUUCUGCCAGAGAAGCACUGAAGUUUAGAAAGUUUUUCACAUAGUCUGAAUGUUGUUAGUGCGCUAAGUGAUCAGACAUAGCAGGAAAGCUCUUUUUCCUUCACAGGGAUGAACAGUCAUAGCGAAGCUAGAAGUGGGUACAUGUCUUUCCUUUUGAAGGAAAAAGAAAACUGAUCUAUAUUGCAAAGGGCAUGUUUCCCUAAAGUGAAACAUGCUGAUUAGUUGGUUUUGGUUUAUUUAGAAGUUGGUAAUAGACUCUUAACGAAACAUUAUUUACAAGCAGACCUUUACCUUUAGGGGAAAGUUUAACAUUUUUAUUUUUAACCUCCUAGUCUGAGGGAAAUGUCUUUGUUAUAUAAAAAUGUUGACUCCUAUAAUCUGUUUUUUUCUCCCUGAUGAAUUUACAGAAAUAUUAAUUCAUUUCACUUCCUCUGUACCUUUGCUGAGCCUUAAUCUUGGCAGAGGCUCAGCAAUGUAAUUAUGAAGCAUAAUAUAUUUAAGAGCAAAAAAUCUAGGAUGCUUGCAAAAAACAGCAAAGUAUUUGCCUUCAGUUUCUUUAAAAACUGCAAAAAUAUUAUGCUCGUUUGCUCCUUAGUAAAUGUUAAGUCAGAAAUGAGGUGAGGAUGUAGCUUACCUGAACAAUCAGAGGUCACUCUCAGAUUUGGCCUGAUGUCUGUUGAGUGCUUUUGUAAGUCAGCUCUGUGCCAAAUCCUUCUCCACAGGAACCCAGACCACUUUUUUUCUUGGUUCUUGUGAUUUUGGGGAAGGUGGUUGCAGUGUAUGAAUUCAGGAUCCCAAAGAAGAAGUUUUAUGGGAGUUAGUUAAGUUUCAUAUUUGUGAAAGAGAAUAUAUAGAGUAUGUAGAAUUGUACAUUUGGCUGUUAAUGGGCUGCGUAUCAAAUUCUUUCAAGACAGCUUGGCCUAAGGAGUUCAUUAGUACAAAUGCAGAUGAUUUUAAGGCAUUAAAGGAUUAUAUGGUUUUAUCAUUUAGAGUGUUUCUAAUAACUGAGACUUUCUAGGAUUUUUCUUUUGGAGUCUCAAUUUAAUUUGUGCAAUAUUUUCAGGCAUAUAGACUACUGUUCAUUGUAUUUAUAUAGGUAUUAGGGAACUUAACUAAGUAUUUUAAGAAGUAAAAAAUCUGCAUAUGAAAGAAAAUAUCAGAUUUGCACUUUAAAUGAGCUUAAUUGCUUGGAGUUGUGCCUGAAAUAUCGAAAUGCCUCCUGUUGGGUGUGGCUUUCUUUGUUGAAAUGAAUUUCUUUAUAAUUGUUGCUGUUCCAAGUACAGCCUUUCACAGUUGUAUCCUGAGCAUGUCACUUUUCCCAUUAAAGCACUAAGUUCUUUGAAUGUUUCAUUGUCCCCUUCAGUAUUUUACUCAGAUGUAUCAUAGAACGUGAUCCCCCUACAGCUGUCACUUCUAAAUCUUCCUGUAGCAUCUGUAGGGUAACGGCCACAGAGAUGCACUCUUCACUUCUGAGCAGAGUUGUCACGAUAGUUUCCUGGUCUGCAGGGCACUGAGGAUGUAACUUGGAAUCACCAAAUAGGCUUGCAAUGAAGACCAAUAAGACUGCAGCAUAGUUUCAGUUUCCUCUCCAUCUUACAUCAUGGUUUUCGUGUUUAUGACUUGGUUGGGUGGUUAUGUCUGCAUGCCUAUGCGCACAUUUGAACAUUAAUUAUAGCUGUAAUACAGAAACCUGAUGUUUUUCCUUGGGGGUGAUGACCUUGCUGUUUUUCUUGAUUCUGAUGCCUGAAUUCUAUUUUAAAAUUUUCUUUCCACACCUCCCUUCAGUUUUUCUGCUGCAGCAAUUUGAAAGAGUAUAUUUGGGUAAAUGAUUGUAAUGGUGGGCACCAGUCUACAACUGUGCUGUUAAUUAAAGAUAUAUCAUGUGAUUGAAAAGCUUGUUGGGGAAAAGCUACCCACUCUCUCCUUGGUAAAGCAUCACCACAACAAAAGAAUACUGACUUUAAGAAUUUAAAGUCUCUUAAGUCAUUACUGACUAAAAACAAAAACACCACCAUCUCUUAAUAUCUGCAGUAUUGUUUUUUCCAUUAAUUAAAAAAAAAAAACAGUUCAGAGUAAA